AUGGCCUCUAAAAAGAUUAUGGAAAUUAAUCCACAACAUCCGAUCAUUAAAUCACUCAAAGCUAAAGUUGAGGCCGAUAAAAAUGAUAAGACUGUCAAAGAUCUUACAUGGCUUCUUUUCGAAACAUCACUUUUACAAUCCGGUUUUAGUUUGGAAGAACCUUCAUCAUUUGCCGGCAGAAUUUUCAAGAUGAUUAAAUUAGGUCUUGAUAUUGGUGAGGAAGAGGAUACUAUGGAAACUGAAGAAGUUGUAACAAAUAUUGCAGAGUAA